AUGAGCAUACAGAAAGUUCUGGUUCAUCCACUUUCAUUAUUGAAUAUAUCUGAACAUCAGUUUAGGCAAACUAUAGCUAAGGACACAUUUAAUGUGAAUGUCACCCCUCGAGGAAUACUUUUUGGGGUGGUCAAAAAUCGUGAAUGUUCGGUCGUUAUCUCAAGAGAGUUGAAUAAUCCAUCAAAGGAUGAAUUACUCACACUGUUAGAUAUACUAAAACAAGUAUAUGGCUAUUUGAAUAUUGUAGGAUUUUAUACCGUGAACGAUAACAUCAUUGAUAUGGACAAGUCCGUAGUGAGUUGGCUUGAGGAAGUGCAGGGUUGGCUUGAAAAUACACAGUAUAUCUUAGAUCCAGAUUCAGUUGUUUAUCUUGUCAUAGAUAGAAGAUAUUCAGAUCUUAAAGGCUACAAUAUAAAAACGCUUAAACCGAUUCCAGUGAUAACGCUUGGCUCUUUCAAAGUAGAAAAUACAGCACUUAACGAUUUGAAAACAGCGCAAAAAAAUGUUGGAGCCGGAGAUUCGAAUAAUGGCAUACUCACGAAGGCGCAGGACAAUAUUACUUUUUCAUUAGAGGAACUUGCGCUAAAAUUGGAUGGCAUUAUAUCAUUUUUGGAGAGGGUGGAGAAAGGUUCCAUUAGACUUUAUGAAUCCGACCAGAAAAUGUACCAGGACUUGCAGGAUAUCAGGCAUUUUAUGGAUGAAAUGAAGAGGGCGAAAUGCUACAACCAAAAUAAAGAAAGCAACAACAUUUUAAACUUAAUUUCUAUAAGUGAAGCCUUCAUUUUCGAUUGCGUGAAAAAAAUUGAUGCUUCGACUUCCGAAAGCAAGGAUUUGUGA